AUGGAGGCCCCCGGCGUCCCCGGCGUCCCGGCGGCCCCGCUGCUCCCCGCGCCGCGGACGCCGGCGCCCGGCGCCCCCGCGGCGCCCGCGCCCGCGCCGAGCCCGGCGAACGCCGCCGACGACGACGGCUACUGCGGCGUCUGCGGUUCCGCGCACAGCGAGGAGGGCGACGCGCUGCUCUUCUGCGACGGCCCCGGGUGCGGCGUCGCCGUGCACCAGCUCUGCUACGGCAUCCGCGCCCUGCCGCCCGAGGACGAGCCCUGGUUCUGCGAGCCCUGCCACUGCGACUCCGUCGCGUUCGAAGCGGCGCGGGCGGCCGCCGACGCGGCGCCGUCGCCGCCCGGGGCGCGCGCGCCGACGUCCCUCGACUUCCCGCGCACGGAGCGCGCGUGCGCCAUCUGCGCCGGCGGCCCCGACGGGCCCGUCGUCGACGGCGCGGCGAAGAUCCCUCUCGCGUUCAAGCGCGCGACGACGCUUCCGAAGUCCGACGCGAAGACCAGAGACGUCGGCGACGCCGCCUGGCAGGACGCCUGGGCCCACGUCGCCUGCGCGGCCUGGAUCGAGGAGGCGGGCUUCGCCGACGAGCGGCGCCUGUCGGUCGCGCUCUGCGGCGAUCUGAGCGCCGCGCGCGGCGCGCUGCGCUGCGAGCUCUGCGGCAAGCGCGGCCAGGCCGUCCAGUGCCGCCGCAAGAAGUGCGUCGCCGCCUUCCACCCGGCCUGCGUGCUCCGCGAGCUCAUGGGCCCGAAGGAGUGGCGCCGCGGCGGCGGCGGCGCCGCGCGGCCGGGCGGCGCGGCCAAGGCCAUCGGCGACCUGCUCUGCGGCCGCCACUGCGGCAAGGGCGGCCGGUCCGCGGCGCCCAGGUGCGAGGUCGUCGUCGAGAAGAGCGACUACGAGAAGGAGCGCGACGCGCGCAUCGCGCGGAACGCGGAGUUCCUCCAGUCGCUCGGCCUCGGCGGCGGCGCCGGCGGCGCGCUGGCCGCGGGCAGGGCGCCGCCGAAGAAGCGGGCGUCGACGCCCAAGGCGGAGACGACGCCGAGCCGCAAGUCGAGCCGCGCGGGCAGCGAGCACAAGCCGGGCAUGUACGCGAUCAGCCGCACGGGCCGCUCCGCGGAGGAGAUCGCCGAGGCGCGCGAGGAGAAGGAGCAGGCGCGCCUCGAGAAGCUCCUCAAGCGCGCGGACCGCGCCGUCGCCAACGCCGUCGCCGACGACGCCAAGCACGCGAACCGCGAGCGGCGCCACGAGGACGCGCGGCGCCACGCGCUCGAGCAGGCCGUGCUCCAGGAGCAGCGGCGCAUCCUCUUCCAGCACCAGGCUAUUCUCCGCGCGCAGCAGCUCGAGGUGCUGCGCCAGCAGCGCGUCCAGGAGCGGGAGGAGCGUGAGCGCCAGGUCGAGGAGGACCGCCGCGCCGCCGCGCUCAAGCGCGACGCGGAGAAGGCGGCGCGGGUCGCGGACAAGGCCAUGGCCGCCAUGGCCGCGCGCGACGCGCGGCGCGCGGCCAAUCACCGCGAGUCGCUCGCCGAGGCGAAGGCGCGGAGCAAGCUCGCGAAGACCCAGAAGUCGUCGGACGCCGCCCAGCAGGCCGACGCCAUCGCGAGCGAGUCCACGGUGAGCGUCAUCCUCGAGCGCGAGGCGCGGCGCACGGGCGCGCCGGCCCGCGCGGCGCCGGCGGCGCCGCCGCCGCCCUUCGCGCCGCCCUUCGCCGCGGGCGGCGCGCCCGCGCCCUGGGGCGCCUACGACGGCGCCGGCGCCUUCGCGGCGGCAUCCUACGCCCACGCGGGCUACGGCGGCUUCGAGCCGCCCUACGCGGCCGACUACGACUUCGGCGGCGACUUUGGGCCGCCGCCGCCGCUCGGGCCGCCGCCGGAGGCGCCGCGCUACGCCUACGCGUCCGCGUCCUACGCCGCCGAGCGGGCGCCGCCCGACGGCGGCGUGUCCUACGAGCGGGGCGCGCCGCGGAGCCCGGCGGCCUACUGCCCCGUCGCGGCGCCGCCGGCCGCGCCGCCGCCGCAGCAGCUCACGGCCGCGGACGUCGCGCGCCUCCUGCCGCCCUGCUGCUUCUGCGGCGGCGACGCCAACGACCCGGACUCGGCCGAGGGCGCCAUGAUCGCCUCCGUCUUCCUCGGGCCCGCGACGAAGGCGCGGCCCGAGGGCACGCUGUACCGCGCGCACGAGCGCUGCGCGGAGCUGUCGCCCGAGGUCUUCCUCGACGACCACGGCGCCUACCACAACGUCGUCAAGGCCGCAAAGCGCGGCGCGCAGCUCCGCUGCUUCGCCUGCGACGGUCGCGGCGCGACGAUCGGCUGCCACGUCGCGAGUUGCCAGCGGUCGUACCACGCGCCCUGCGCCGUGAGCUCGCGCUGGCGCUUCGGGGGCCUGCGGCGCUUCUGGUGCGCGGAGCACCGCGGGCUCGCGGAGGGCGGGGGCCUCGCGGACCACGACGCUCAAGACGCGACGACCGUCGGCCGGCUCUUGGGCGCGGCGUCGGGGAGGUGGUGCCCCCACUGCGAGCGCUUCGACCCGAACGCGCUCGACGGCUACGUGUCCUGCGACGGCUGCAACAACUGGUGGCACCCGGCCUGCGCGCAAUUGGACGACGAGACGCGCGCGUGGCUCGCGGCGCACGAGGGCGACCCGACCGCGACGUGGCACUGCCCGCACUGCGAGGCGCGCCGCGCGGCGCUCGAGAACCAGGUCGUCUGCGUCUGCAAGGCGUCGGCGGCGUCGUGCCAGAACACGUUCAUGCUCAUGUGCGACGCGUGCGACGUCUGGCACCACCCGGCGUGCGUCGGCCUCUCGGCGUCCGUGGCCGGCGCGCUCGGCGAGAGCGACGCGCGGUGGCACUGCCCGACGUGCGUCGCCGCGGGCAUCAUCUGCGUCUGCCAGGCGCGCGGGCGGCCCGGCGAGGUCACGCUGACCUGCGAGGGCUGCGCGGGCGAGUUCCACCCGAAGUGCGUCAACGUCGCCGACGCCGACGUCGCCGCGUACGGCAAACCCGCGAGCGACCCGGACCGCAAGAUCCUGAUCUGCCCGGCGUGCUACGACGCGAACCGCAAGAAGCGGGGCGGCGACGACGCCGGCGACCGGCCCCGGGCGCCGCCGCGGAGGCCCGCGGCGCCGCGGGGCCGGAAGCGGUGCCGCGGCGAGCCGUCGGGGCUCCGCGUCCGCGUCGCCGUGUCGCCCAAGGGCGCGCGGUCCAAGAAGCGGCCGCGCGACGCGCCGCUGCGCGUCCGGCGCGUGGCCCUCGUCCUCGGCGGCGCCGCCGUGCGCGCGGGCGCGGGGUCCCUCGAGGACGACGACGGCGACGACGGCCCGCGGAAGCCGCUCGCCGCGCUGCCGCACGGCCUCUGGCCCGAGCCCGUCGUCGUCCGCUACACGGCCCUGGCGCCCAUCGCCGAGGCGCCGGCCCCGGCGGCCGGCGGCGCGGAUGACGCGGCCGGCGACGCGGCGGACGCGGCCGGCGGCGCGGCGGACGCCGACGCGGCCGUGGCCGAGGCGCCGGCGGACGCCGACGCGGCCGUGGCCGAGGCGCCGGCGGAUGCCGACGCGGCCAUGGCCGAGGCGCCGGCGGACGCCACGGUGGAGGUCGCGGACGCCGAACCGCCCGUAGCCGACGCCAUGGAGGACGACUCGGAGGCGCCCCUCGACGUCUAA